CAUACAGUCCUCAAGAUCCCCCGCCUUACUCGUCCGCGCUUAACUCUUCUCUCUCUGGCUCUCUGUGCUUCCUUUUCCUUCUCUUAUGGAUCUCUUCAUUCCGCACUUUCUUUCUCUAUCUCUCUCUCAUUUUUCUUUUUGCACAUUUUCUCCUUUUCCUUUUUCUUUCUUUCUUUCCAAAAACAAAUUCUUAUCCCCAAACGACACCAGCGCCAACAGCCAUGGAAGAUCGAAUUGUCGAAGACGAAGACAAAGACAAAGAAGCAUUGGCGGGACUAGGCACUAUCCCACCGCCAGGCCGCAAGAUGCAUUCCUACAGCCAACAACUCCGAUCAAACUCCGGCCAAAAACGAUACCAUCCAGUCAGAAAACACAGCCUCGAAUACAUUGCAACACCUUCUGCCACCAGCUCUGACCACUUUACUAUGGAGUCUUCCGAAGAGGAAUUCUUCCAUUACGCGUCACCAUCUAUAGCCUCUCCUGCCUAUAACGCUAUGGGCGGCAGUGGCCGUGAAGAUAACCUCUCGCAAAGGCUUGAUUUAUGCCUAAGUGUUGAAGGUCCUCAAGAAGAACUCCGCCAAACUCCGUCUUUGCCGGAAUUUACGGCAAAUGGCGCUACCGGAUUUUUCAAAGCUCCGGUCAGAUCCGCCGUUCAUCCAGGCCGCCCGCCGUGUUUGGAACUGAGACCACAUCCUCUUAGGGAAACUCAAGUAGGGAAAUUCUUGAGAAACAUUGCUUGUACGGAGACGCAAUUGUGGGCUGGGCAAGAAUGUGGAGUUAGAGUUUGGAGCUUUGCUAAGGCAUUUGAGCCAGGAUGUGGAUUAGGGGGAAGAGUUAGAAGAGGUGAUGAGGAUGCGGCGCCGUUUCAUGAAUCGGCUAAUACAUCGCCUGCAUUAUGUUUGUUGGUUGAUGUUGGGAAUAGAUUGGUUUGGAGUGGACAUAAAGAUGGGAAAAUUAGGUCUUGGAAAAUGGAUCAGAAUUAUGAUGAAAAUGUUCCUUUUAAAGAAGGAUUAUCUUGGCAAGCUCACAAAGGUGCUGUUAAUUCUGUAGUAAUGAGUUCUUGUGGUGAUAUGUGGUCUGGUGGUGAUGGAGGUGUUAUUAGAAUCUGGCCAUGGGAAAGCAUUGAAAAAUCCCUCUCUCUUUCACCAGAGGAAAAACACAUGGCUGCUUUAUUGGUAGAGAGGUCACACAUUGACCUUAGGAGUCAAGUCACUGUAAACGGUGCCUGUAGUUUAUCUUCUUCAGAUGUGAAGUGCUUGUUAUCUGAUAAAGGUAGAGCUAAGGUUUGGGGUGCUCAGUCUCUCUCUUUCUCUCUAUGGGAUGCGCGUACAAAGGAGCUUCUGAAAGUAUUUAACAUUGAAGGUCAAAUUGAAAAUCGAGUUGACCUGUCAUCAGCAUCACAACCGCCACCAGAACAGCCGGCUGAAGAUGAGAUGAAGGUAAAAUUUGUUUCCACAUCAAAAAAGGAAAAAUCUCAGGGCUUUUUGCAACGUUCACGGAAUGCCAUAAUGGGAGCUGCAGAUGCUGUUCGCCGAGUUGCCACUAGGGGAGCAGGAGCAUUUGUAGAAGAGAACAAGAGAACAGAAGCAAUGGUGUUAACUAUUGAUGGAAUGAUAUGGAGUGGAUGUUCAAAUGGACUCCUUGUGCAGUGGGAUGGAAAUGGAACUCGAUUGCAAGAUUUUACUCACCAUUCUUCUACUGUUCAAUGUUUCUGCACAUUUGGGACACGGAUAUAUGUGGGAUAUGUGAGUGGAAUUGUCCAAAUAUUGGAUCUUGAGGGAAAUCUAAUUGCAGUAUGGGUUGCUCAUAACAGUGCUGUGUUAAAGUUGGCUGUUGGGAAUGGUCAACUUUAUAGCUUGGCUUCUCAUGGAGGUAUUCGUGGAUGGAGCCUCACAUCUCCAGGACCUCUGGACAGCAUAAUACGAGCAGAAUUAGCACAAAAGGAAAUAGCAUAUACACGACGGCACAACUUAAAAAUUUUAGUUGGAACAUGGAAUGUUGGUCAAGGAAGGGCAUCUCAUGAUGCACUUAUGUCAUGGUUAGGUUCUGCCGUGUCAGAUGUUGGCAUUGUUGUUGUUGGGUUGCAAGAGGUAGAGAUGGGUGCAGGUUUUCUUGCAAUGUCUGCUGCUAAAGAAACUGUAGGACUUGAAGGGAGCUCUAUUGGCCAGUGGUGGCAGGACACUAUAGGGAAGGCAUUGGAUGAGGGAACUGCUUUUGAACGUAUGGGUUCCAGGCAGCUAGCAGGCUUGCUUAUAUCUCUUUGGGUAAGAAAGAAUAUUAGAGCACAUGUUGGUGAUGUUGAUGCUGGAGCAGUUCCAUGUGGCUUUGGACGUGCAAUUGGUAAUAAGGGAGGUGUAGGUUUGAGGAUCAGGGUUCUUGACAGGAUAAUGUGCUUUGUCAACUGUCACUUGGCGGCACAUUUGGAAGCAGUCAAUCGUCGCAAUGCUGAUUUUGAUCACAUUUAUAAAAAUAUGGUCUUCAGCCGAUCAUCACACCUUACAGCAGCUGGUAUGGUGCGAGUCCUGUUUUUGUGUUGCUCUCUUGCCUUCUCCACAUAUUUAUUUUGGCUGCUUUAUAUUUGUGGCUUCCCAUUGGUCCUAUCUGUUGCAGCUGGUGUCUCAACAGCCUCACAAACACUUAAGGGUGCAAACGCUGUAACUGCCAACACUGAAGACACGAAACCUGAGUUAUCUGAGGCAGAUAUGGUUGUGUUUCUUGGUGAUUUUAAUUACCGGCUUUUUGGUAUAUCUUAUGAUGAAGCAAGGGAUUUUGUUUCGCAAAGAAGCUUUGAUUGGCUUAGAGAAAAGGAUCAGCUCAGAGCAGAAAUGAAAGCAGGAAAAGUUUUCCAAGGAAUGCGUGAAGCUCUCAUCAGAUUUCCUCCCACUUACAAAUUUGAAAGAAACCAACCUGGUUUGGGAGGGUAUGACGCUGGUGAGAAAAAACGUAUUCCUGCUUGGUGUGAUAGAAUAAUAUUUCGUGACAAUAAGUCAGCUCCAACUUCUGAAUGCGGUUUAGAAUGUCCUGUAGUAGCAUCGAUUGUACAAUACGAGGCUUGCAUGGAUGUCACAGAGAGUGAUCAUAAACCUGUGCGUUGUAAGUUCUCUGUCCAACUUGCUCAUGUUGACAGAUCAGUGAGGAGACAAGGAUUCGCAGAAGUACUCAGGAAUAAUGAGAAAAUCAGGUCUUUGCUUGAAGAGUCGCGAUAUGUUCCGGAAACCAUCGUAAGCACCAACAGCAUUGUCCUGCAGAACCAGGACACAUCCAUUCUGUGCAUUACCAACAAGUGCCAGAAGGAGAAAGCUAUUUUCGAAGUGAUCUGUGAAGGUCUCGCCCAUCCCAAGGAUGAUGGAGAAGAAACUGUAUAUCGUCCUAGAGGUGGCUAUGGCUUUCCACGCUGGCUUGAGGUCACACCCACUGCUGGCAUCAUCAAUCCUGAGCAGUUUGCAGAAGUCUCAGUGCAUCACGAAGAAUUCCAUACUCUGGAAGAUUUUGUUGAUGGCAUCCCUCAAAACUGGUGGUCUGAAGAUACACGCGAUAAGGAAGUAAUUUUAGUUGUGAAUGUUCAAGGCAGUGGCUCAACAGAAACAAAAAGUCACAGAAUCCAUGUCCGCCACUGCUUCUCAGCAAAAGCAAUGCGUAUCGACUCAAAAUUGAACAACUCUAAGAAAGGUCAAGGCGGCAGCGGAGGAGCAGGAGGUGGAGCAGACAGUUCUGAGAAAGGUCAAGGCAGCGGCAGCGGAGGAGCAGGAGGGGGAGACAGUUCUAAGAAAGGUCAAGGCAGUGGAGGAGCAGGAGGGGGAGACAGUUCUAAGAAAGGUCAAGGCAGCAGCAGUGGCAGCGAAGGAGGAGACAGUUCUAAGAAAGGUCAAGGCAGUGGAGGAGCAGGAGGGGGAGACAGUUCUAAGAAAGGUCAAGGCAGUGGAGGAGCAGGAGGGGGAGACAGUUCUAAGAAAGGUCAAGGCAGCAGCAGUGGCAGCGAAGGAGGAGACAGUUCUAAGAAAGGUCAAGGCAGCAGCAGUGGCAGCGAAGGAGGAGACAGUUCUAAGAAAGGUCAAGGCAGCAGCAGUGGCAGCGAAGGAGGAGCCAAUUCUAAGAAAGGUCAAGGCAGCGAAGGAGGAGACAAUUCUAAAAAGGGUCAAGGCAGCAGCAGUGGCAGCGGAGGAGGAGACAAUUCUAAGAAAGGUCAAGGCAGCGGAGGAGAAAAUUCUAAGAAAGGCCAAGGCAGCGGAGGAGGAGACAAUUCUAAGAAAAGCAAAAGCAGCAGAGACAAUUCCAAGAAAGGUCAAGGCAGUGGAGGAGGAGGAAGUAGUUCAGCUCACCGAUCUGAACUCAGGCAAUUAAGCAGCAAUUCUUCUUCUGAUAUAGGUGGUGAUGAAGUUCGAAAUUCCCGUAAAUCUUGAAGCUAAAUUCAAGGCUGAUAGAUCUAUAGAUGCAUCUUGAUGUAAAUACUCAUGGAGCAUGGUCUCCUUUUCACUCAUUUCGGGUUCGAUCUGUUUUUCAUCUGGCUCAAAUUAUGACACUCUGAUUUUAGUACGAUUCUUGGAAGAACGGUUUCUGGAAAUAUUCCAGUAAAUAUGCUUCAAAUCUUCUUGCUAACUUGUAUCAGAUUAAGGGCUUGAAACGGUUAGUAAUCCUAUUUUGGCUACCUUUAAAUUUUUUCCUGAGCUAUAGAAGUACCAGUGGCGGUAGCCAUUCUUGAAUAAGAUGUAAUGCAUAUGUACAAGGACAUUGCCUGGUUUUGUUCGUUCAAUGUAAUAUUUCUUCUGUUUUUCA